CUAUAUCGCGAGCCUUGCUUGACCCGCUAAAGUAAUCACUUACUCGAUAGCGACGCCGGCAUUCUUUAGAACGCGCAUCGGGUUAUAUUAUCUGCUUCUUGCUGUGAAGGUGCUUUGCUUGUCAGGCCAUGGCGUGCAAAUGUUUGGUAACGUUUGGCGACAAGAACGUCGUCGUGCCUUUUGUUGGCCCUUGGAAGCGCGCACAGCUAUUCGAAUACCUGAAGCGUGAGCGGGCAUUCGCCGGUAUAGACUUCGGCAGCGCAACACUGACGGUUUUUGAUGCCGACUUUGGAUUGCAUGUCGAUGUGACCGAUGACUUUACCAUUGAGGACAAGUCGAAGUUGGAGAUAAAAGAAGGGAGCCAGUAUCGAAUUGUUGAUGUCAUUGAUGUGGAGGUCCUCCCAGCUGCACCACAAGAACCACCUGCACGCAGAGUUUACACCCUGCCGUCGGUGCCUGUAGAUAUCAGGUUAAGUAUUGAGAAGCACCAGCCAGGCCGCUACUUUGCAAAUCGACGCAGAGUGGUUGAGUGGCUGUACCACGACCUCUGCACCUACAUAAUGCGCAGCAGUUAUGUGGCCCUUCCUCUGGACAGAGGAGGAUCUUUGGGAUCAAUGACAGGGUACCCAGGAAAACUUUAUGAAGAAGCAGCCAGGGAGCUCAUCACAAAGUUCCCCUGUCUGGCUGACUCAACAGGAACUGGAUAUGACUCCUGGCGGGUGCAGCUCCGCUUUAAAGCUAAAUACCAGAGGAGGAAGUUGAAGACACAAGAUGAGGCCGCUGGUUCCCUGCCUGUCAAAAGAACCAGGCACACUGAGGAAGUUGCACAGAAGCGAAUCUCCCGGCCAUCUCUUGCUCAUGACAUGGGCGAUGCUGAGGAUGACAUCAGCUUACUCAUGCAUGUGGAGGCCAUGCAGAAAGAGGCAAGGAAAGCCUCUCCAGACACCAUUUACCUCCUAGAUGCUAUGAUGCGCACAUUUGCUGAGAGGAGGAAGUGGAUCUCAGAAGAAACACCAAGUGUUACGGAUAUUGUUGAAAAAUAUCCGGCCCUUGCUGUUGGCUCCGUGGUCCUCCAGGAAUUUAAAGCAAUCACUAAUGUGACCCUGGUUGACGCAUUAAGAGGAGUCCUUGACCCAAUAGCCCACAAAAUUCUCCAAAGUGCCCAGAAGAAACGCCACCUGGAAGAUUUCCUUAUAGGGCUGGAGAAAAUGAAAGAUGGCGUCCCCCAGCCGGAGCAGAACGACUUGAUGCUCACCGCGGCCAUAUUUGUGCUGCCCAGCCUGGUGAAGGAACGGGUUGAGGCGUUUGUGUGCAGUCGCGAGCCUGAAGCGGUGCAUGUUGUACCGACUGUCACUUACACCGGCAACAUUCUGGAGCUGCCAGAGUUUACGAUCCAACUGGAAGCGCUGGAGAUCCAGGCGCCCAACCUACUACAAGCUGUCGCCAUACAGAUGGCAUUGUACUGGACUUUUGACAUAGUUUUUUGUGCAAAAGCACAGAAAACUUUUGACCUGCUGUGCCGCCUUAUUGGUGUAAGCAGUGGCAUACAGGCAACACCACUUGUCCGUGUAGCACAAACCUUGCUCAAGCAAUAAUCUUACAUAGCAUUUAUGAUGCUUGAAAAAUAAAUUAUUUUUCAC